AUAUUAAAUCCCAAGGUACCGUUUAUUGCUCCUGCUGCAACUCUAUGUCGACAAUUGCUUCACCCUCAUUCUCUUCUCCCUUUCUUCUCUUUUACACCCCCGACAAAAUUCCACUUUGUUGUACAUUCACUUGAAAUGACGAGAUAGUUCGGUCUCUAUUCUCAUCUGCAAAUGUGAUUGAUAUUAAUGCUCCUUAUACUUCUACUUCUCUAACCCUCCAGCCGCCUACGCCUUAAUUUUCUGCGACAAUAGAGAUUACACCUCCGGUGAAAAAAAAAUGAUUCCUCACCGGAGUACCGCCCUUCUCACAAUAAUCAUAUUCGUUGCCCUGCUUUUGGUGAUAUUCUCAUCGUCUCCACGUCUAGACUCUUCUGGAGAGAUCUCCGGCUCCGCUAGAUAUGUGCCCCGACCCAAGUUGCCUUCACUGAGCGACCUUCAUCUACCUUCCUUCCAUCCAACGGUCCAUGCGCCGCCCGAGCCCCAACCAAACAGUACCAAUGGCGAUUCGAAGUGGUUUAGCAAUUGGGCUUGGAUCAACCCAUUUUCGUCCUCCAUAACCCUUGAUGAGAACCGAUCCGUACUCCCUCCUCUUCGACACCGACCAUUUAUAUACACAUACUACGAACCAACCAAAGGAGGCGGUGACAAGGGCGCGGAACAUGCUGAUGCUCAGCUUCUUCUCGCGUGGCGCAGAGCUUGGUUUGCACAAGGGUUUCGGCCUGUCAUCCUGGGUCGCGCAGAGGCUAUGAAUAAUGAACUUUAUUCACUGGCGCAGCCUAUGAAACUCACUUCUAAACUGGAGAAGGAGCUUUUUCGCUGGCUAGCUUGGGGCCACAUGGGCGAUGGCUUACUUGCGGAUUGGCACUGUUUCCCAAUGGCGAGAUACGACGAUGCGCUGCUGUCUUCUUUGCGACGGGGAACUGAUCCAGCUGUUAUCACCCGGUUUGACCGCAUCGACAGUGCGCUUUUUGCAGGAGAGAAAUCGCGAAUCAAUGACGCGAUCAAGGAAGCGGUUAAGAAAGCAUCGGAUACAUCAAACACCAUGCUGGAUUUAGUUCCUUCGGAGUUCUUUAGAAAUGAAUCACCGCCAACUUCUCUAGCUUUCUACGACCCUGCUACUAUCCACAACCACUACCCGACAAUUGCAGAGAAAUUGUCAUCGACCGAGGGCCGGCUUGCGUUGGCAGAGCUCAUCAACGCGCAUUUACAUAGCACCUUUCAGAAUUCAUUUCCGGCCGGCAUAGCUGUCUUGAAGCCUUUUACUGAGCACACUACGGCUCUAAUAGAGCCAGCUUUGCGGCUCGCAAAAGCUCUUGUUCAAUGUCCUAAAUCUCCUGUGCCAUCUUCUUGUCCUCCCAACCUGCAAAAGUGCCAUCCUUGCGAUGCAGGGAAGCCAAUGCAGGUUAGCCAGCCAGCCACCUACCGAAACACAACCCAGGUAUUCACCAUCGGAUCUCUCCCCCACCCAUACACCCUCAUUAGUUUGCAACAAGACACGGCCGAAGUCACCACUAGGCACAUCCGUCGCGAGACGGAGCGUGACCCAUGGCUGACCGAGGUCACUAGAGAACAGUUGGGCGUUGAGAUUGGGGGAUCGGCACGCUCCGUAGUUUUCAAGAAGGUGGUCGCCGAUGACGCCGCGGUUGGCACAUCCUUGUGGAUGACUGUCGAGUCUUUACCGCCUGUAGCCGGUCAAGGCCUACCCGCUGAUCUUUUAGAUGAAUUCGAAUGGCAAUUUGGUUUCCAGAUUCCUCGUGAUGGUAAGGUGAAUUCCAAGAAUGAAGGGGAUUCCAAGGAGUCGGUGCAGUCUGCCAAUCCUAGCCAACAAGGUGUCGCACAGGAGUACGACAUCCUGAAACAGGCCCGGGAAAUCUUGAAGAGUAAGGAGACCAAUCGAAUUGGUAUCAAAGACGUGGCGGAAGCCUGGAACUUGGCAGAUACAGAAGUAUGGCGAUUUGUGAGAGCUUACCGGGCCCGAAGUGUUGUUGAACGUAAGAAGUGGCAAGAAGAUGAGAAGGAUUUUGUUGGUGCUAGACUACAGGAUUGAGUUCCUACGUCAAUGAUCGAUUUGACGUGCUACUGCUAUCUGCCUCUCUAGUGUCUUAUCUCCUCGAUGCGACCCUACUUCUCUCUUAGUGUGGUUUUGAUGUAAGUUCUUUUGAUUGAUCUUGUUUGUGCACCACUGGUUGAAGCAUCUGGAGCGGGCGUUUUGGUCUGUUCACUGUUGUACAGGCAUAUAUACAUAUAUAUUAUAAGGAAAAACCAGCCAUAUAUGGAAAUGGAGUUAUAGCUCAGCGUACGGUGAUACUUACUACUUACUCCUAGUAGUACUAGCAUAGUACCAGACACCAAUAGCAAAGAGGAGAUUAGAGAUCACAUGAGUGGAGGUUAAUGCCGCUGGUUUCCGCCCCGGGGGGUGGAUUAAAGCGUCGGAUGGUGGCGAUCCCCGCGCAAGGGAGUCCG